AUGCCACCCAUUCCAAUCCAAGAACAAGUCCCUGCAAUUGGCUUGGAAUUUCUUGUAACUUACAAGGAAGGGAGCAUCACUCCAGAGAUUGGCCUUCUAAAAAAUCUCAAUACCCUGCACCUUGUAGCAAAUCAGCUAAACGGCUCAAUUUCUCCAGAAAUAGGCCAGUUAAGUUCCUUUACUUUGCUUGCCCUGUAUACCAACAAUCUAAAUGGUCAUAUUCCUGCUUCCGUGGGUAAUAUGACGAAGAUGCUUCGGUUGUUUCUCUAUGACAAUCAACUUUGUGGUUCUAUUCCACAACAAUUGGGAAACCUUACCAGUUUGGUUGAACUUUACAUGGAUUCCAACAGUCUAUCAGGUCCCAUCCCUUCCACUUUUGGGAACUUGAAAUACCUAACUAUGUUGAAUAUGUUCCAAAAUAAACUUUCUGGUCCAAUUCCUCAGCAAAUCGGAAACCUGAAGUCUCUAAACAAGCUAAGCCUUUGGGGAAACUAUCUUUCUGGUCCAAUUCCGAUAACAACAUGUGGUCUGACAAAUCUCACCCUUCUUCAUCUCUAUGAAAAUAAACUCUCUGGCCCAAUUCCUAAUGAGUUGGGAAACUUGAAGUUUAUUUCUGAUAUGAGGUUGAGUGAAAAUCAACUUAGUGGUCCUAUCCCAGCUUCCUUGGGUAAGUUGAGCGAGUUACAAUAUUUGUAUCUUAGUGACAACCAACUCUCCGGGCAAAUUCCUGAAUAG